CCCAACCUGUCCCGCCCCCGCGUGCUCUCCCCUUUUCCUCCUCCUCCCCCCUCCUCUCCCCCCCCGGAGAGUCCACACGGCAGAGGAGGCCACCUGACCCGGGGGAGGAGGGAGCGCCGGAGAUGGCGAUCCUGUACGCGCUCGUGGCGCGCGGCACGGUGGUGCUGGCGGAGCACAGCGCCGCGGCCACCAACGCGGGCGCCGUCGCGCGCCAGGUCCUCGAGCGCCUCCCCGACGGCGGCGCCGACAGCCACGUCUCCUACACGCAGGACCGCUACGUCUUCCACGCCAAGCGCACCGACGGCAUCACCGCGCUAUGCAUGGCCGACGACGCCGCCGGGAGACGGAUUCCCUUUGCAUUUUUGGAAGAUAUUCACGGAAGAUUUGUAAAGGCAUAUGGCCGUGCUGCACUGACAGCUCUUGCUUAUGCAAUGAAUGAUGAAUUCUCAAGGGUCCUUAGCCAACAAAUGGACUACUAUUCAAAUGACCCUAAUGCCGAUAGAAUAAAUCGCAUGCGAGGUGAAAUCAAUCAGGUCCGUAGUGUUAUGAUUGAUAACAUCGACAAGGUCCUUGAAAGAGGUGAUCGUUUGGAGCUGCUGGUUGACAAGACCGCAAAUAUGCAAGGAAAUACCGUACGGUUCAAAAGACAAGCUCGGCGCUUCAGAAACACUGUUUGGUGGAGAAACGUCAAACUCACGGCUGCGUUGAUACUUCUCCUUCUGGUAAUCAUAUAUGUCGUUCUUGUCUUCGUGUGCCAUGGUUUCACCUUACCAACUUGUAUACGGUAGGGUGCGGUCUGCACAUUCUGUCCUGCGGCGUGCCUGUUUGUGUGAUUAUUUCCCCAUUCCUGGGGAGCAGCUAUCGCAGUGCCUUUGCAACUGGUUUUGGCGUAGAGGAAAGCUACGGAUUAUGGUGUAAUUGUGAUGUCGUUGAUUGUGAAAAACUCAAUUAAAGAUGUAAACUUCGCAUAAGACUGCAUCUCGCGGGGUCGUGCUAGUUCUGCGUGCUUGGGUCCUGUUUAUUUGAGGCUAUUCUUGUGUCUGUACAUGAAUUCAGUUACGGCUAUAUUAUGGCAAUGCUAUUAUACGACUAUAUCAAUGA